GGAGUUAUUAUAAUUACCAGUUCAGUUCUGAUUGCACAGCAGUGUGCGCAGUCUAGCGAAACUGCAAGGAUAGACGCUGAUAAUAUUAGUUGACAAAUCAGUUACUUCUUACAGUAGUACCUACUGAAACCGGAAUAGUGAAAACAAUGAUACUAACACAAGCGCCCAUUUACGUCUUCGCUGCCGCUCUCCUCCACCUAGCCACCCCCGAAUUCGACUGCCAUGAAAACAAAAUCAUUUCUGGCAAUUGCACCACCGAACUAGUAUGCAUCUACGAAGAAAACUACAAAGGAAGAGAGGGUUAUACAAGGUACUGCAGGUGCAAGACGGUAAUCAGUGACCUACCCCUCCCUAACAACACCCUCACCUUCAUCACGUUCCGAAACGUGUGCUCCCAGUACCAACUCUGGCUGCAGGAGCUGUGGAUCAACGACGCCGAACUAGAGUACAUCGAGAACGACAUCUUGAGCCGGUACGCCAAUCUCCAGUACCUCAAUCUAGCCGGGAAUAACCUCCUACUCAACUUCUCGGAGAAGGCGUGGAAGCUCACGAAACUCGAUGUGAGCAACAACCGCCUCAGCGUCAUCCAACGCGACGCUUUGAAAAAUCUCAUAUCCCUAAAAAUGCUUAACAUCUCGUUCAACAAUCUGGAGCAAGUGAACUUCUGUUUCAGCCAACUCCAAGAGCUGGAGGAGAUUUACUUGAACAACAACCAGCUGACGACGAUCUUGAAAGACGAGUUUGACCAUUUGGUCAAGCUGAGGGUGUUGAAUCUGGCGCACAAUCUCCUCACGACGAUCGAUUCGCACCUCUUCUUGAGAAACCUGCAAGAGCUCUACUUGAACAACAACCAGCUGUUAAGUGUUAACAAGGAGCAGCUCAUUCGGCUCCCGAGCUUGAAGAUUCUGAAAAUUGGGGACAACUUCAUCACGGAGCUGGGGAAACGGGACGUCUUUGAUAACCUAGAGGAGCUGCACUGCGAGAACAACCAAAUCAAGAACAUCCACAAGGACGGGAUGAACAAGCUAGAGAGUCUCACGGUGCUGAAUAUUUCGAACAACAAAAUCGAAAACUUGGAAGCCAACACGUUUUCUCCAUCGAAUAAGUUGCAAGUGGUUGAUAUUAGCUCGAACGAGCUCACGGUGGUGGACCCCAACAACUUCCAAAACUUCAAGAACGUGUUGAUUUUGAAUUUCCACAACAACUCGCUUACGGAGAAGGUUAUCAACUGCGAUAAUGUAGGGAAUUUGAAGAACGUCAACGUGUUGAAUCUCUCGUUCAACAAGAUUUCGGAAAUCUAUCAUUGCACGUUUGCGAAGUUGGAGAAAUUGUCGAAGUUGUCGCUUCUGGCGAAUCGGUUGACGAAAAUCCCUCCAUCGGCGUUCAAGGCUUUGACCGAGCUCCAGGAGCUCAACCUGGCGGAAAACCAGAUCACAGACAUUCCAGAGGGAACUUUCAACAAUUUGAAAGAACUGAGGAACUUGAAUAUAUCGCACAACAAUCUGACGACGUUUGAUUUGGAGAAGUUGAACAACAAUCCCAAGAUCACGAAUUUUGACAUCAACCAUAACCAACUGAGGGAUUUGGAUUUGGCGCUUUUGAAAAAUAAGUUGCCUGGGUUGAAGACGUUCGACUUCGACGUUAGUUUGAUUAAGUGUGAUAAAUAUGCCAACAUUUUGGAACACUUUGAAGAGAAUAGUGUGGAUUUUGCGAGUUGUAGAAACAUAAUGGAAUGCUGUGUGAGCAGUAGUGUUAACGGAACGCUGAUAGGUAUUAUAGUAGCGUCCGUAAUUGUUUGUUUGCUUGCCGUAAUUGGACUAUUUGCCAUUAUUUGUAAGUGUUAUAAACCUGAUAGCACUAAGGUCAGCGUACAUUUGGUUCCGGUUCCUCAAAAAGCCACUGACAACUUAUAA